AUGGGUAGAACGUUAAUGAACUAUUUGGCUAUGAAAACGGAUCCCGUUGUAGCUAAUUUAAUCGACUCCGAUUUAAAUGAGCUCAAGUUUGCAGCCAAAAAACUCUUCAAUGAUGCAACAAUGGUAGGAGGAAAAGGGAUUGGCAUGUCUUUCCUUAGAUGGAUUGCUUCCUUUGCUGCAAUCUAUUUACUCAUACUGGAUCGCACACAUUGGAGAACCAAUAUGCUAACUUCAUUAUUAGUACCUUACAUAUUCUUCAGCUUUCCAGGGUCCUUGUUUAACUUUUUCAGAGGAGAAUUUGGAAAAUGGAUUGCUUUCGUUGCAGUCGUGCUCAGGCUUUUCUUCAAUAAACAUUUUCCGGAUUCAUUGGAAAUGCCAGGAUCAAUGAUCCUUCUUUUGACAGUAGCACCUGAUUUGUUUGCUAUAAAGUUUAGGAACAAUUGGAUUGGAGUAGCAAUUGAUCUUUUCAUUGGUUGUUACUUGCUACAAGAACAUAUUAGAGCAACUGGUGGAUUCAGAAAUUCUUUCACACAAAGACAUGGAAUAUCUAACACUCUUGGCAUCAUCUUCCUCAUAGUUUAUCCUAUUUGGGCAUUGCUCAUUCAUUGAUUAUAAAGACAUUAUACCAUACCAUAUAGUAUAAUACAAGUUGGUAAUAAUGUGAAAUCUUUUU